AAAGUCUAUCCUCGACAAUCCAAGAGCCAUCCAGUACUGGCCACGUUCGAGCUGCCUCUGAUCCGGCCCGUUUCCCUCCCACAGACCCUCACCCCUGCUGGACCAGACUGUCAUUGGCGCAGACCACGCCGACGGUCACCAUGCUCCCGGACCAGCCAUCACCGACCGUCAUCAGCUCCCGCAACCUUCAAUCAACACUCUCUCAUCCAUCGCAACAUACUGUCUCUUGGAAUGAUGAUGGACAGUGCCUUGUGUUGACCACAAAGAGGAUAUACGUAUCUACCCCUUAUCUUGCCACCAGACGUCCGAAGCCAAUCCGUCCCCUGGAUGACCGGUCAAUCAAGUCGAUACUGAAACUGCAAAAGAAGAACCCCGUCAAAGUAGAAGACCAUAGUGACGCGCCAUCACAGACAAAGCGGGCCAGACGCUCUAAGCGCCCUGCAGGAGGAGAGAUCGAAUGGUGGACAGUCGAGGCCCAGGUGAAUGACUUCAACAGGAAGGAAGCUUUUGACAGUGACGUGCCGUCGCUGUGUGCUACUAUCGGCGGAGAGGGCGAUCCUCUACGACAGGCUCUAUGGUCGCCUUCCGGCAUAGCACCUUCAGGAGGAUGCCUUAUGUGUAUCCUCACGGGCUCUGGCCGAGCUUUGAUAUUUGCGCCUGAUGGUGAUCCUCAAGCUGAACCUUGGCUGGAGAUCGAAGAACUUGCCCUAUCGUCCCGAAAUUCAGCAUCACCGUCUUCAUCCCCGCCAGAAGAGAAGAUGGAUCCACAGGAAGAUGAUGUUUUGGAGUCGCGGUCGACUUGUAUCGCUUGGUCCAAGCACAUCCCUUCUACAGAUAUGAUGGGAGUCGAUGGUAGUGUCAUUGCCGUUGCCAACCGAUCCGGCAGUAUUGCCCUAUGGACAUAUGCCGCACAAAAGACAUCAACACAGCUGGACUAUUUACGGAUGUGCCCAGUGGGAUCUUGGUCAACACAGAUGGCAUGGUCGGAAUGGACGCCUCUUGACGAGGACACAUAUAAGUCACGCCUGGCUUUCUGUGUGUCUGACGGAUCUAUCAAAGCCAUUGACGUGACGAGAACCGCCAAGACUGGAGGGAGCAAAAGGAAAAGCUGGGAAUUUCAGAGGGACGAUAUAACGACUCUUGAUCACGGAGAUGGGCGAGUGAUCACCUCGCUGAAAUGGAUCAACAACGUCCUCGUAUGGACGAAGGCAGGCACAGUGCAUAUGCUGGCAGAUGACGAGAGCCGGAAUAUCUCCUGGCGGGGCUUUCGUUCAUUUGAGCUCGCCAGAGUUGGUCACUGGGCUGGCGCAAGCCCUUACAGCCAAGUCAUUAGUAUCGAGCUGUUGAACCCUACCACGCUCCUUGUUGUUCAAUCAUCUCUUUCGACACACCUUAUACAGAGCUUCGACUCCUCGCCGGCUCUGGUCCCUAUCACCGAGUCAUUGCAGGUGGCGCUUGACGCACGAAGAAUAUCGCUGGAGAAUCUGGAUACCGUACCGGCUCCUCAGCUAGACGGCUGCGAUGGGCUGGAGGAAGAUGGGUGGACCACGCAUACGUCGGGAUGGGCGCGGGUGGGCGAUUGGGGUAGGAGCAUAAUUUGGGCGACUGAGUUGACGAGUUUCCAGACACUCCAUAUAGAGAGCGAAGCGCACCGCUAUGUGCACCUCAUCAUGGCCGAAAUAUGUGCUUCGACGGUUUCGGACGAGGCCUUCACACAGGCACUCACGAAGACCUUGCGGAGUCCCCGUGUCUUGGUUCACAUCUCUCCGCAAUAUGUCCUCAUGCCAUUCAUGCUACACAUGCUCACAUUGUCGCCUUCUGACACCCUCGCGGCCGAUGUGCAAGAACUCGUACUGCUGUGCCUACAGAGGACGGCCGAGUAUGACUCUGCACUGGCGUCUCAAAACCUUGUCGUCGGCCUAUGGAAUGAUUCGUCGCUCAAUUCGCUCCGCCUUUGCCUGAUUCUAGCCAUCUGGUGUACCGUGAGUCUCGUCGUCAAAGAUUUCCGCGCUAAGAGAUAAGCCUAACAACCUUCGCAGUCGAUUUUCGAUCAGUCAACAACCGAAUCCCAGCUUUUGGUCUCGAAGCUAUCGAAGAAAAUCCGCUCGUAUCUUAUCACCCUGAAGCUAGCGUGGUUGAGCAUCACAAUCGAUACACAUACGUCACUCGGGCCCUUCGACCGACGAUUCAUCGCUCGCCUUAUCAAACUCGUUCAAGAACCAUCGGACCCGAGUGGCAUCUCCGCGCCGGCCGACACUAUCCAAUCCAGUGCUCGGAAUUUGUCAACUUUGUUGGGCUUGGACCAAGAUAGCGAGGCAUCGGCCGAUGAGCGUUGCCCCAUUUGCAUGGCCGAAGGCGAAGAUGGCGGCGUGUGCAAGAACGGACAUUCCAUGCCUGAGCGCUGCUCUCUGACGGAUCUCCCUAUCACGUCCGAAGCGCCCCGUGUCUGUUCAAUCUGUCUGGCGCCUGCUUUCCCAAACUACAGCAGCGGUGACCCCAUGACUCAACAUGGCGUCAAUCGGCCGACACAUCAAGAUACGGUGGUGCAAAUGGUGUUGGAUAGUGCCAUCGGAUGCGCCAUUUGCGGUGGCCGAUGGAUCACGAAAAGCAAAAGACGCGCGUUGGAGUAGAGGUCAGAAACCGGAGACCGAAGUGUUGCGAAGCGCGAAGAGAGAUACCUUAUCUCUAGUGCGUUGGUUUGCCGAGGCAAAGCCCGUGGCCCGUGGUCGAUCGCCUUGAAUGAGACUGACCAGCCAAUGGCGAGCCACGUAUAUGCAUUGAUCGUCUGUCCUGAUUAUAGACG